AUGGUCAUUGCUUCGAAGAAUGAUGACGUGAUUUACCACUGGCUUUCAAAAAUUGACUCGAGAAAUGAAUCCUUCCUUCCAAAGUCCCCUGUCACACGGCGGAAGAAUUCAUUAAAUAUGAAACACGUCGACAACUCAUGCGAAAUACGAAAAAUAGGAAAUCGAAGUGGUAAAGACGCAGAAUCCAUUGACAAUAUGAGCUCCCCUCAUAUAGACUACACCCGGGUUUUGCCGUUUUCAGACCUUCAACAAUUAAUAGCGGGGAUGAACGGCAACAAGGAGGCCCGAGGCACGCUUUCUGGCGCGCAAUGCCGGAACGAUAUCACGGAGUCUGAACAUUUGACUGAUACACACAAAAAGGUUUAUGAGGAUGAAGACGCGAAAGUUGGUUCUUGUCUAUCUCGUGGCGAAAUAUUUAACGCAAGUCAACCUGCGGAACUUGCACAUCGGGAAAGCAUGCAUGGACCCUGUCGCAAGGUUCUUACCAAUGAAGGCUCGAGAGAGUCUAAUCCGUUGCUACCUAAUGUCGUGCGUCGAUGUGCCUAUGAACGCCGCCUCAGAUACAAAACUCGGCCGGAUCGGUAUCAGCUAAAAGAUACAGGCGGUUCUGCAAUUCCAUCAAGCUCUAAGGCCAAGGCCCGGAAGUCAUUAACAGCGGAAACAAAUAUUAAUAAUGUCGUCGAGAAUUUAUCUAAGGACAGAAGCAACCCGUCGUUUCCAUCAACUCCUGCAGGUGUUACUGAACGAGGAAUUCACAGAAAAAAGAGAAGGCAAGGAAUUACACUUGAAACCAGUUUCAAAACUCACAAUGUUACUCAGAGGCGUCUCAGUUUACCGGUGAAUUAUGGGAUUGGAUUUCUUAACAGAGCGCGAGGCGGGAACAGUGGGGUGCCUGACCUUAGCUUUUCAGGGAUGGAAUUUCUGACAAAUGGGUUCAAGCGUCAAAAAAAGCCGGAGGAAGCCGAAUGUGUUCAAAUGAAGCAGGUAAAGGAAGUGGAUGACUCUGGGACAAUAUCUCGAUACUUUUCAAAACAGCCAGUAGAGCCGCCAAUUCCUCAACGUUAUUCAACUGAGAGAAAUGGUCCUCAGGCAUCACGACAACCUAGCAAUUUCCUAUUAAACCCAGGGGUUGGUGCGCACGACCCAACUGGUACCGAGCUGCUAGCCCUGGAAUCAGGUGCGGAGUUGUCCAUGCCAAACAUAACCGCAAACUCCUUCCGCCAGGCUAGUGUAAACCCGUCCGAAUCUGCUUCCAACCCUUUCUGGAAUCAGGCCAACCGGGCUACACAUUGGCUGCCUCAGAUUAAAUCCCAGACUCUUGAUGCUAGACGUGCAAUGUUGAUGGCUGCCAGGACAGCGCGCACUAUUGCAAUGCUUGACCAAUGUAAAAAGGCUGUACAACAUGCAGCUCAGAUGGUGAGCAACGAAGACAAGCACCGAAUCGACAUGGAAGUUGAAAGAGACUAUCCAAUUCCCAAACUGGUCUCUAAAAUUUCGUUCCAGGAUACGAAACGUGCGAUAGAAGAAAUGAUAAGAGGGGAGAAUCAGUUCCUAGCUGAAAUCUGCACUGCAUUUGAUCCAGAAAUCAAUGAUUUCAGGGAUACAUCUGAAGAAAGACGUGAGGUAAAUGGUUCUGGCUCUCUCAACACAACAGCAAAUCCAGCACCCGAUUCCAACCACAGUGGCCCUUCAAUUAUCCAAGCCACAUCUAAUGACUUUCAAAACCGGCCCUCGCUUGAAGAGACAAAGAGUUCUCUGAAUGAUAAUCGAAAUGCGGCUUCUAGCUCUAAUCACAACCAACAUCAGUCCAGAGCAAAUGAGUCUGUUUUGAGCAUGUCAGGCUCCAGUACUAUCCCUAAUAACCGAAAUACUGUACAAAGCCAGCCUGAAGAUGGCGGGCUUCUGUCUCAGCAAAAGGAGACCCCGGGAUCCGGAAAACUGUCAGUACCGAUCCUCGACUUGAUUCAGGAGCCAACUUCAAAGUCCAUGGUGAAUCCUGUACAAUAUUUGUUAGGCAAAAAUACGAGCAACGACAUUCAUCUGAUAGGCAAUUCAGGCGGUAAUAGGCUCAAGAACAUCCAUCCACUCAAUAGCGAUAAUUCUGAGAUCGGUAAAGCACGGCCCCUGGAACACAAAACAGGAAACAUACACCCCUCAUUUCUAUGGAAUGCGCCAAACCCCGAGCAGCCUUUCAAACCCGGAAUAGAAGUCUCUACAGACGAUAUUCUCCUCGAUCUAAUCCACGAAGAAGGUUCCGCAGUCGGUGUAUCUCAAAGCCGUAGUUCUACGAGAGCCCAAUGCUUCCGAAAUUGCCUUGUUCCUCCACAACGAUAUCCUUCCCAGCCAUUCUGCUUUAAUGGUCCAAUUGCUUCAAAAAACCCAUUGGAAACUAAUUCCAAUAAUCCAACCUGGUGGACUGAGCUGGUUAAUAAUCCGCACUUAUCUACAAACAAUUCAUCAUACGUAAACGGCGGUAAUCGACCUACAACACCCGCAUUGAGUAUGCGAAGCGAGUUCCCUAAUACCCAGAGUUUGGAUAAUGAUUGGGUAGCCGAAGGCUACCUAGCAAGCUUUAUUGAGCCGCAACUUCAGUUUAGCCCGUCUAGUAUUCAACACGCUCAUCGGCACUCCAGCUUUCUCCAUGCUACGGCUGGUUCUCAGACUCCAAGAUCGGUACCAGCCAUUCCCAGAUCUAGGACUGUCCCCCCCAAAAAUCCCUGGUACAAUAACCAAUAUAUUCCUUGGGGACCAUCCAACGAAAUCCACAUUUCGCAACAAAUUCCAAAUCCGCACCCGCCCUUUGCCCGCCAAGACUUGUCCCCCGAAUCAAAUAAGUUUUCUCGUGUUCCGCCGACUUUUCUUCCCUUUUCUCACCCCAAUAAACUUCAUUGA